AUGGAGACUGAUAACACGCAAAGACAACUCAUGGAGAUGCUGGCUAGAGGUGUACCCACUCCCGGUGCUACCUCAUCUGCUGCUCCAACUCAAGAGUGGACCUUGGAGAGUUUUCUUCAACACCAUCCAGCCAGGUUUAAUGGAAAGUUCAGUCCUGAUGAAGUUGAUCACUGGUUCCAAGACAUGGAACGUAUCUUUGAGGCAAAAGGGUAUCCUGAUGAGAGAAAACUGGCCUACACCCAGUAUUUGCUAACAGGAGAAGCUGGCCAUUGGUGGAACAGCAUGAAGAUGAUCUUGACUAGAAGAGAGACUCCUAUUACUUGGGAGUUAUUCAAGACCAAAUUUUACACUGAAUACUUUCUAGACAGUGUGAGAUUUGCAAAAGAAGUGGAGUUUCUAGAGCUAGCACAAGGCAACAGAUCAGUUUUUGAGUAUGCGGAUCGAUUCAAACACCUUCUCUGCUUCAACACCAUGACGGUAGAUGAAGAUUGGCAGUGCAGGAAAUUUGAAAAUGGGCUGAGGAAGGAUAUAAAGUUGCUGAAGUCCAAGGGAGAACCAGAAGGGCCACAGAAUCAGCGGAUCCAACCACUGAGGGUUGGAGGACCUGCAGUAUCGAGGGGUGGAUCCAGCUCUAGGACGACCCCUUUCUCUAGACCUACCUCUUCUGGGUCUAGGGGUUCAUCAUCUCAGCCUUCAGUACAGCAAGGGCAAUCCAGUUUUGCCAGCCCAGUCCGAUGCUUCAUGUGUGGGGGACCACACCUCCAAUCUGUGUGCCCUCAGCUGAUAGGGUACAAGAGGUGUAACAUCUGCAGACGGAACGACCAUUAUGCUAGAGACUGUUCUACAGUCAGGAGGACAGGACCAUCGCCACGCCCAUUGGGGAGAGCAGUACAGAGAGGUGGCAAUGUCAGGCCGCAAGCAACAAGAAGAGUUUACGCCUUGACUGGAGCUGAGGCAGUCAAUGCAGGUAACCUGAUAGUUAGCAGCUGCUUGUUAUUUGGAGCUUCAUGUGUGACUUUGUUUGAUUUGGGGGCGACACAUUCUUUUGUGUCCGAGGCUUGUGUGGAGAGGUUGAGUUUGGUUGUCAAAGAGCUUCAGUGCGACCUGUUGGUAUCUACACCAGCAACGGGGUUAGUGAGGACGUCUAAGGGGCUAGAUGUAAUCUUGGGAAUCGAUUGGUUAACUGCCAAUCAUGUUCUCCUGGACUACGAUGGAAAGAAGCUAAUCUUUCCUAAUGAAGAGGAAAACUUACCCUUGUCACUUGGGGUGUUAAGGCAAGACCUUAUAGAGGGUGCUUGCAUUUUCUUGAUCAUGUCACACAUGGACGUACUUCCAAACGUGAACCUUUCAGCUAAUGGAGACCUUUUGGUGGUAAAUGACUUUCCAGAUGUGUUCCCCGAAGAAGUUCCUGGUCUACCUCCUCCGAGAGAGGUAGAGUUCUCUAUAGACUUGGUCUCAGGAGCAGGACCAAUUUCUAUAGCCCCUUACCGAAUGACUCCAGCGGAGUUAGCAGAGCUGAAGAAGCAAAUUGAAGAGCUACUAGAGAAGCAGUUUAUCAGACGCAGUGUCUCACCAUGGGGUGCGCCUGUUUUGUUGGUGAAGAAGAAGGAUGGAACUUCUAGGCUAUGUGUUGACUACAGGCAUCUAAACAAGCUCACUAUUAAGAACAAGUACCCCUUGCCAAGGAUAGAUGACCUGAUGGAUCAAUUGUAUGGAGCUACAGUGUUCUCCAAGAUAGACUUGCGGUCAGGAUACUAUCAAUUUUGGUGA